AUGGCUGUGGACUACAUGGUGUUUACCCUCCGUCUCAUCCACAUAUUCGCCAUCCACAAACAGCUGGGACCCAAGAUCAUCAUCGUUGAAAAAAUGGUGAGUGCUUUUUAAAAAGAGGGAUAAAACCCUUUUUACUACAGUGUGUCUAGAUCAGGGAUGGGCAACUUUGAUGGUUGUGGGGGCCACAAAAAAUUGGUCAUGAGGGGCUCUACAUACUGACAUCCAUACACAUAAACUCAGCAAAAAAAAGAAAUGUCCUCUCACUGUCAACUGCGUUUAUUUUCAGCAAACUUAACAUGUGUAAAUAUCUGUAUGAACAUAACAAGAUUCAACAACUGAGACAUUAACUGAACAAGUUCCACAGACACGUGACUAACAGAAAUUGAAUAAUGUUUCCCUGAACAAAGGGGGGGUCAAAAUCAAAAGUAACAGUCAGUAUCUGGUGUGGCCACCAGCUGCAUUAAGUUCUGCAGUGCAUCUCCUUCUCAUGGACUGCACCAGAUUUGCCAGUUCUUGCUGUGAGAUGUUACCCUACUCUUCCACCAAGGCACCUGCAAGUUCCCAGACAUUUCUGGGGGGAAUGGCCCUAGCCCUCACCCUCCGAUCCAACAGGUCCCAGACGUGCUCAAUGGGAUUGAGAUCCGGGCUCUUCACUGGCCAUGGCAGAACACUGACAUUCCUGUCUUGCAGGAAAUCACGCACAGAACGAGCAGCAUGGCUGCUGGCAUUGUCAUGCUGGAGGGUCAUGUACCACAUGAGGGAGGAGGAUGUCUUCCCUGUAACGCACAGCGUUGAGAUUGCCUGCAAUGACAACAAGCUCAGUCCGAUGAUGCUGUGACACACCGCCCCAGACCAUGAUGGACCCUCCACCUCCAAAUCGAUCCCGCUCCAGAGUACAGGCCUCAGUGUAACGCUCAUUCCUUCGACGAUAAACGCGAAUCCGACCAUCACCCCUGGUGAGACAAAACUGUGACUCGUCAGUGAAGAGCACUUUUUGCCAGUCCUGUCUGGUCCAGCAUCGGUGGGUUUGUGCCCAUAGGCGACGUUGUUGCCGGUGAUUUCUGGUGAGGACCUGCCUUACAACAGGACUACAAGCCCUCAGUCCAGCCUCUCUCAGCCUAUUGCGGACAGUCUGAGCACUGAUGGAGGGAUUGUGCGUUCCUGGUGUAACUCAUGCAGUUGUUGUUGCCACCCUGUAUCUGUCCCGCAGGUGUGAUGUUCGGAUGUACCGAUCCUGUGCAGGUGUUGUUACACGUGGUCUGCCACUGUGAGGACGAUCAGCUGUCCGUCCUGUCUCCCUGUAGUGCUGUCUUAGGCAUCUCAAAGUACGGACAUUGCAAUUUAUUGCCCUGGCCACAUCUUCAGUCUGCAGUGCCUCCUUGCAGCAUGCCUAAGGCACGUUCACACAGAUGAGCAGGGACCGUGGGCAUCUUUCUUUUGGUGUUUUUCAGAGUCAGUAGAAAGGCCUCUUUAGUGUCCUAAGUUUUCAUAACUGUGACCUUAAUUGCCAACCAUCUGUAAGCUGUUAGUGUCUUAACGACCGUUCCACAGGUUCAUGUUUAUUAAUUGUUUAUGGUUCAUUGAACAAGCAUAGGAAACAGUGUUUAAACCCUUUACAUUUACAUUUACAUUUAGUCAUUUAGCAGACAAUGAAGAUCUGUGAAGUUGUUUGGAUUUUUACGAAUUAUCUUUGAAAGACAGGGUCCUUGAAAAAAGGGACGUUUCUUUUUUUGCUGAGUUUACAUGCAGUCAAAGUCCUAUCCUUAAAGCCUUUUGGGGGCCAUAGCAACAUUUUGUUUUAGAGUUAAUUUCCUGCAAUUCUAUACAUUUUGCCAUGGGCGUAGAGAAAAUGUUGUAAUUUUAAAGCAAGUUUGCUAAAAAAAAAAAAAAAUGAGAUGGGGCGGAGAGAAGAUGUUGCAAUUUUAUAACAAAUUUCCAAUUCUACUCAUUUUGACAUGGGGCUGAGAGAAAAAUUUGGAGUUUUCCAGCUAAUUCCCUGCAAGUCCACACAUUUUGCCAUAGGAUGGAGACAAAUGUUUGCAGUUUUUAAUAUGAUAUCUGAUGAUCAACGGGGGCCACCCGGUCAGUAGUUCGACAAUGAUUACUACAAGUUUAGAUAGCUGGACGCUAGACUAACUUACCAAUCAAAAAAUGGUAGCUGACAUGGCUAAUUGAGUGACUGUUAGUGACUGACAUAAGAGAAAAACUGCUGAUGCACAACAACAUUAAAAAAUUGCACCUUGUAAAGAAAAAGACGUGUGUGUGUGUGUGUGUGUGUGUGUGUGUGUGUGUGUGUCUAAUUAUUGAUUGUGAGAGCAUAGACAGCACCAUUGAGGCCAUCUCCAUUUUGAAGUAGUCAAUUUCCUUUUACUAUUCCUAUGAAUUGGCAAACAAACUGAAAGGGUGCAAACAAACCACACUGAGUGUGUUGUUUGAACAGGUAAUAAAGCCAAGGUUUUGCGAUUUACUGCCACCUGCAGUUAUGGAAUGUUUGCUCACAAGUAUAAUUAAUUGUCUGAUCCCUCCUAAUGACCCAGAUGUGAUCCUUCCUUAACCCAUAGGAAGUCCCACCCAUUUGACUACUUCAGUCCAUAAUGGCACUGCCCAUGCUAAAACUGGCUUUUGGGAAGGAGAGUUCCCAACCUGCCUUGCAAAAGUAUUCAGACCCCAUAGAUUUCUUCACAUUUUAUUAACAUUGAUUUGAUUGUAAUUUUUUUGGUCAACAAUCUACUCCAAAUACUACUUUAUUUUACUAAAUAAGUUCAGGAGUACAAUUUGUCUUAACAAAUCACAAUAAGUUACAAUAAUAGGAGUUGACAUGAUUUUUGAAUGACUAACCCUUCCUCUGUCUCCCAUACAUACAUCUGUAAGGUCCCUCAGUCAAGUAUUGAAUUUAAAGCACAUAUUCGACUAAGACCAGGGAGCUUUUCAAAUCAGACAUGGAAUAUCUCUUUCAGCAUGGUCAAGAUAAUAAUUAUGCUGUGGAUUAUGUAUUAAACCACCCAGAUACAUCAAAAAUACAGUCGUCCUUCUGAACUGAGCUGUAGGACAGGAAUUAAACUGCUCAGGGAUGUUACCAUGAGGACAUUUGGUGAUUUUAAAACCAUUACAGAGUUCAAUGGCUGUGAUGGGAGAACUGAGGAUGGAUAAAUAACAUUAUAGUGACUCCACAAUAAUGACUUAAAUGACAGAGUGAAAAGAAUACAAAUAUACAGAAUGGGAAUAUUCCAAAACAUUCACCUUGUGUGCAACCAUUUACAUUUUAGUCAUUUAGCAGACGCUCUUAUCGACUUACAGUUAGUGAGUGCAUACAUUUUCAUACUGCCCCCCCGUGGGAAACGAACCCACAACCCUGGCAUUGCAAACGCCAUGCUCUACCAACUGAGCUACAUCGGACUCAACCAGGCACUAAAGUAACUGCAAAAAAGGUAAAGGAAUACACUUUUUGGCCUAAUUGCAAAGCCUUAUGUUUGGGGCAAAUCCAACAGAACACAUCACUGAGUAACUGCCUCCUUAUUUUCAAGCAUGGUGGUGGCUGCAUCAUGGUAUGGGUAUGAUUGACAUCUGGAAAUACUAGUUUUUCAGGAUACAAAUAAAUGGGAUGGAGCUAAGCUGAGGCAAAAUCCUAGAGGAAACCUGGUUCAGUCUGCUUUCCAACAGACACUGGGAUAGGAAUUAAUCUUUCAGCAGGACAAUAACCUACAACACAAGGCUAAAUCUACACUGGAGUUGCUUACCAAGAAGACAGUGAAUGUUUGAGUGGCCAAGUUACAGUUUUGACUUAAAUCUGCUUCACAAUCUAUGGCAAGACUUGAAAAUUGCUGUCUAGCCAUGAUCCCCAACAUCUUGACAGAGGUUGAAGAAUUAUGAAAAAAAAUGAUGGCUAAUAUUGCACAAUCCAGGUGUGCAAAGCUCUUAGACUUACCCAAGACUCACGGCUGUAAUCACUGCCAAAGGUGUUUCUAACAAGUAUUGACUCAGGGAGCUGAAUACUUAUGCAACAACUAUAUUUUAGUUAUUUAAUUUCUCUUAAUCUUUAAGAAAAAUAUAAAUAAAAUGUACUACUUUGACAUCAAGUAUUUUGUGUAGAUUGUUGGCAAGAAAUGACAAAUCUCUUUUAAUCCCACUUUGUAAAUCCAAGGGGUCUGAAUACUUUUGCAAGGCACUGGUCUAGAUCCAGGUGCUGGUUUUGGCAGGAACAACUAGUAUCCAAAAACAAGUGUAAAAACUGCACUAGAAAAAACAGCCGAUGUCAUUUUCUCCCCUUAAUAUUCUGCUCCCCUCCUGAUUGGCAGAUGAAGGAUGUCUUCUUCUUCCUCUUCUUCCUGGCGGUGUGGCUCAUGGCCUACGGCGUAGCCAAUCAGGCACUGCUCUACUCCUACGAUCCUCGUCCCGGUUGGAUCUUUCGCCGAGUGUUCUACAGGCCGUACCUGCACAUAUUUGGACAUAUCCCCAUUCACGAAAUGGAUGGUGUGUUGAUGUUUGUGUACAAAUGUGGUUUGCAUGUGUGGCAGGUAGCUUAGUGGUUAAGAGCAUUGUGCCAGUAACCGAAAGGUCGCUGGUUCUAAUCCCUGAGCCGACUAGGUGAAAAAUCUGUCGAUGUGCCCUUGAGCAAGGCACUUAACCCUAAUUGCUCCUGUAAGUCGCUCUGGAUAAGAGCGUCUGCUAAAUGACUAAAAUGUAAAUGUAAAAUGUAUGUAACAUAGUACAGGUAACUGCCAAAAUAAAGGAAACACUUGAGUAAAUGAGGGAUACAAAGUACUGUAUAUUGAAAGCAAGUGGUUCCUGAGUUAAUUAAGCAAUUAACAUCGCAUCAUACUUAGUCAUGAUGCAAUGUUAAUUGCUUAAUUAACUCAGGAACCACUUGCUUUCAAUAUACAGUACUUUGGAUAAACAUGCCCAGUUGGCCAUUAUUUUGGCUACCAUGGCUAGAAGAAGAGAUCUCAGUGACUUUGAAAGAGGGGUCUAAAAGGAGUUUAGGAGAUUUGAUCUGUGUGUGUGUGUGUGUGUGUGUGUGUCCACAAAACACCAAAUUAUGGAAUUUCUCAUGGAAUAAAAGGUGUUACAUCCCUCCAGUAGAGUUCCAGACACUUGUAGAAUCUAUGCCAAGGUGCAUUUAAGCUGUUCUGGUGGCUCGUGGUGGCCCAACGCCUUAUUGAGAUGCCCUGUUGGUGUUUCCUUUAUUUUGUCAGUUACCUGUGUGUGUAUAUAUAUAUAUAUAUAUAUAUAUAUAUAUAUACACCUGUAUACACACUGAAUGUACAAAACAUUAAGGACACCUUCCUAAUAUUGAGUUGCAGUCCCCCUUUUGCCCUCAGAACAGCCUGAAUUCGUCGAGGCAAGGACUCUACAAGGUGUCGAAAGUGUUCCACAGGGAUGCUGGCCCAUGUUGACUCCAAUGCUUCCCACAGUUGUGUCAAGUUGGCUGGUUGUCCUUUGGGUGGUGGACCAUUCUUGAUACACACCGGAAACUGUUGAGCGUGAAAAACCCAGCAGCAUUGCAGUUCUUGACACAAACCGGUGUGCCUGGCACCUACUACCAUACCCUGUUCAAAGGCACUUUAAUAUUUUGUCUUGCCCAUUCACCCUCUGGCACACAUACACGAUCCAUGUCUCAAGGCUUAAAAAUCAUUCUUUAACCGGUCUCCUCCCCUUCAUCUACACUGAUUGAAGUGGAUUUAGCAGGUGACAUCAAUAAGGGAUCAUAGCUUUCACCUGGAUUCACCUGGUCAGUGUAUGUCAUGGAAAGAGCACGUGUUCCUAAUGUUUUGUACACUCAGUGUGUAUGUGUAUAUAUAACUUGCUUCUCUCUUUCUUGGUUCCUCUAUCUCUGUAUCCCAUCUCAAUUCCUUACUCCAACCCCUGCCCAAUCUACCCUCUUUGUCAUACCAUUUUAAAUAUUUAUUCUUUACACCCCUCCCCAUUUCUUCCCAUCUCUUUUGAUGGGGCGGCGCACAAUUGGCCCAGCGUCGUCCAGGGUAGCGGAGGGAAUGGCCGGCAGGGAUGUAGCUCAGUUGGUAGAGAAUGGCGUUUGGAACGCCAGGGUUGUUGGUUCGAUUCCCACGGGGGGCCAGUAUAAAAAAAAAAAGAGCGUCUGCUAAAUGACUAAAAUGUAAAUGUAAACUCUCACCGUCUCCCUCCCUCCCUCGUGUCUGUCUGUAGCUGAUAAACUGGAGGAGGGGAUAGAGUGCACCAAUAACGUCACCCUGAUGGAGGCAGGGGCAGAGCCCUGCACAAGUACCUAUGCCAACUGGCUGGUGGUCAUUUUAUUGGUCAUCUUCCUGCUGGUCACCAACAUCCUCCUGGUCAACCUGCUCAUUGCCAUGUUCAGGUAACGGACCCUCUCAGUCUGUCCCUCUUUCUCUCUCUUUCCCUCUUUCUCUCUAUGUCCCUCUUUCUCUCUCUGUCCCUCUUUCUCUCUCUGUCCCUCUUUCUCACGCUGUCCCUUUUUCACUCUCACCAUCUUUCACUCUCUGUCCCUCUUUCACUCUCUCACCAUCUUUCUUUCUCUCUCUGUCCUUCUUUCUCUCUGUUCCUCUUUCUCACACUGUCCCUCUUUCACUCUCUAACCAUCUUUCUCUCUCUUUCCCUCUUUCUCUCUCUUUCCCUCUUUCACUCUCUGUCCCUCUUUCCCAUCUAGCACCCCCCCCCCCCAUAUCCCUGUUUCACUCUCUUUGUGUUCCCCUUGAGAGAUCAUCACUCAUUCAAUAGGCCUCUUUAAUCCGUGGGCUGAAUUCCUCUUAUUUUAUCUAGUUCCUCACUGUCUCUUCAAUAGUGUUGUUGGAUUAAAUUAAUCAACUUGAUUUAAUUUGUGAGUGUCUUAUUUGAUACUAGCCCUGCAUGUUUGAGUGCCAUAUAUUUUUCUGGCUCUGCUUUCAUGUGUGUCAUUGGGGCCCAAAACGCCAUUAACCAAAAAGUAUAAUAAAACCAAUAAUUUGUUAUAUGAGCAAGAGUCACCUAUUCCGAUAUUCUGCCUAGUAACCAUUUCUCUGUCUCGCUCUCCUUUCUCCCUUCCUGCAGUUACACAUUCUCCAAAGUGCAGGAGCACAGUGACACCUACUGGAAGUUCCAGCGCUACAACUUGAUCGCGGAAUACCACUCUAGACCCUGUCUGGCACCACCCUUCAUCAUCCUCUCCCACCUUCACCUCUUCAUCAAGAGACACAUCCGCAGGAUCCCCUCCGUCAAGAUCAAACACUUUGGUGAGAGAGGGAGGGAGGGAGAGAGGGAGACUGGGGGAGGGAGGGAGACAGAGGAAGGGAGACCAAUGAUCAGAUAAGUCACUUCAAGUAUUGAACUUGAAGUAUUUUAGAGUCCUCUUCCAUUGUCCUUCAAGAGUGUUUUUCUCAUUUUCUCUUCUUCCCAUUUUCUUUGUUCUUCCCUCUUUUCCCCUCCUCCAGUUCUGGAUAUCCGUGGUAGGCAGGCCAGUAGACUGAACACAUGGGAGGCCAUCCAGAAGGAGAAUAUACUGUCUGCCCAGAACAAACGAGAGCGAGAGAAAGACUCAGAGAGACUCAAACGCACCUCUGUCAAGUGAGACAUCUCUCCAUCUCUCACCCUCGGCCACUUAUUUAUGUCAUAGACUAAAUGCCAGAUUCAUUUAACAGCUUCAGUUAACAGCUCGGCUUGAUCUGGCCUAUAAAUAGAAUAGUUGAGAUGCUGUAGAUUGAUUGUCUUCCUGUGUUAGGGAUCGAGUCAAUUACAUUUUAAAUUCAUGAAUCAAAAUAAUGAAUACACUUCCUAAAUUGACUGAGAAGUGAUAAGUGAAUUGACCACUAACCUGUGUUGCGGUUGUGUCUGAAGGGUGGACAGUGUCCUAAAGCAGAUGGCAGAGAUCCGGGACCACGGCCGUAGGCUCAAAAUGCUGGAGACAGAGGUCAGUGUCAGCCUGGGCUGCUGCCCGCAGCUCUCACACACAACCUGCUUUAUCUGCCCAGUGGCAAAGAGACACGUACCUGAAGUUUCAGUAGUCCUUAAGUGUGUGUGUGUCUGUGCACGCACGUGUGUUCCUUAGUGUGUAUUCGUAAGUGUGUGUACAUGACGGGGGCUCAAUGCGCCUCCCCAGGGUUUCUCCCUCAACAUUUGGACUGCAGCUGUUGUAUCUGCCUGCUCAGCACUGUAUAGAGUCCAUCCGUCAUGGUCACCCCUCUCACCCUCCCUCUCUCCCCCCUCUCUCUUUUCCCCCUCUUUCACUCGCUCUCUUUCUCUCUCUCUCUCUUUUUCUCUCUCUUCUCUUUCGUUCCCAGUUGGAGUACUGUUCUAGUGCCCUCUCCUGGAUGGUGCAGGCUCUCUCUCAGAGUAACUUGAUAAAGCCCACAUGUCCUCCGCCCGCUCUCCGA